CCACUCGUGGGGAGCAGCGCACGCGUCAGGAGGUGUCGGCAUUCAUGCAAAAUCUUUCGUGUGCCUGUGUGUGAUGCUCUUGUUUGUAGUAACCAGAGAAAUGAAGAUGGGAGACGAAGAGGAGGGGAGGAAGACCUUAACUCAGAGACUGCAGGAGGAAGAGGAGGAGAAGGUGGAGGCAACCACUAGAAGAACAGAUGAUGAAGAUGUAGAUGAUGAGAGGACAAACCACAGCCAGGAUGAUAAAGAUGAAAACAAUGCUGGGACGAAGAAGAAGAAGACGAAGACGAAGACGACUAGUGGUCAAGACAGGAAGUGUAUUCCAGGUAUCAUCUACCUGGGUCAUAUUCCUCCGAGGCUCCGCCCCAAACACCUGAGGAACCUGCUGUCUGUGUACGGAGAGAUUGGACGAAUAUUCCUCCAACCUGAAGACCACCAGGUAAAGAAGAAGAGGAGGAAGGCCGGCUCGCGGAGGUGUGACUUCACUGAAGGGUGGGUGGAGUUCAGGGACAAACUGGUGGCGAAGCGAGUGGCGGCGUCGCUGCACAACACUCCGAUGGGAACCAGGAAGAGGCAGCGCUUCUCAUCCGACCUCUGGUCCAUCAAGUACCUGCACAGGUUCCAGUGGACUCACCUGAGCGAGCGGCUGGCUUACGAGCAGACGGUGCUGCAGCAGCGACUCAGGACUGAAGUUUCUCAGGCCAAGAGAGAAACUAACUUUUACCUGAACAAUGUGGAGAAGAGCACUCACCUGGACAAACAGAGGAAGAAGAGACUGAGAGACGGAGAGCAGGUGGAUGAGAAGACGUGGGACUUCACACAGCGUCAGACAGAGGAAGAUAUCCAAACAAAGAAAAGGAGGAAAGACUCGGUUACCCAGAAGCACCUGGACAGGGCCCACCUCAUUCAACAGAAGAGCCAAUCAAAUGUCCCACUGUUAGCCAAGAUUUUCAACUCCAACCAAUCAGACUGACCACAGAGACGACUGUUUUUCCAUUGGUAAAGACUGUUUCCAUGGAAACACAAAACAGCAUCGAGUUUCUCAUCUGUUUCUUGUUAAAUAAACAUUUGAAAUUCUCAAUAAACAUUA